AUGAGCACUCGGCGUCCCCAUAAAAAAUCCCGCAUUGGUUGUGUGCAAUGCAAGCAACGCCAUAUUAAGUGUGAUGAGAACAAACCCCGCUGCCAGAACUGCACCAAUGUCCAGAAGAUCUGCAGCUUUACAUCUCUGGCUCCCCACCGGCCCAUAUCUGGGUCGGCUGUACACCCCCGGGAGUCGCCGGGGAGCAUCUUCGCCCAUCUUGCUCCGUCGCUGGAGUUCAGUGUGAAAGAUCUGUUCCUCCUGCAUCAUUUCACCACCACGACCGGGGUCACGCUGUCCUCGAUCCGGGUCGUGCAGAGACUGUGGCAGACCAGCGUGGUGCAGCUGUCCUUUGCGCACGACUUUCUCCUGCACGGCAUCCUCGCCAUUUCCGCCCUGCAUCAGGCCUCCACCGGCUCCGAAUCGCGCGCCGAGUUUCUCCUCACCGCGUCCAGACACCAGAGCAUCGCCCUGGGACGCUACCAGCACGCCAUCCAGCACUACACGCCCGGCAAGAGCGACGCGCUCUUCGCCCUGUCCAUCCUCCUCUUCUUCUACGUGCUCGCCACCAUCCAGGACGAAAGCGACCGCCAACCGGCCACCCCGCGAGUCUGGGACUUCCAAUGGAUCCGCAUCGGCCGGGGCAUCGAGGUCGUCCUCCGCGCCAACUGGACCCGCAUCAGCAACGGCCAGCUCGGGGUGCUGCUGCGCCUGGACGAGCCCGGCGACCCUCCGGCCCCGCCGGACUUCCACGAUCUGGCAGUCUUGCAGAGGGAAUUGCUCCCCGCGUUGCAGGACGACGAGAUCGCCCCCGAAGAAAGCCAGGUCUACGCCGAAGCGCUGCAGAUCCUCAACACGUACUACCGCAAGCUCGGCAUGGGUCUUGCGUCGCGGCGCCGGGGGAUCGCCGUGUCCAAGGGGCAGAGCGUCGGCGCCGUCAUCUUCCGCUGGUUAUUUGAUGUGCCCGAGGUGUUCAUCGGGCUGCUGGAGCAGGGCCGGCCGGGCGCGCUGAUCAUCUUUGCGCAUUACCAGCCGCUGCUCGAUCGGCUGGGGAAGUUCUGGUGGUCGCAGAAGAGCGGUUCCGUCACGUUCUAUCGGAUCAAGGCGUCGCUGGAUGCGCGAUAUCAUCGGUGGUUAAAGUUUCCGCAGGAGUACUUUGCGCAGGCGUGA